CACUCAGCAGUAAGCACGUAACAAAUUAUUAUCAAAAUAUUUAAAAACUUGUAAAGUGUGAACAGUGAAUACUUUUUCUUAAUAAUUCGCCCAUUAAGGACGGCAAAAAAAUUUAAAAAGUGUGAAUAGAAUUAAAAAUGUAUAAAGUUAAAAACUUCUGGGCACCUACUUUUUAAAAUAUAAUUCAAAUCUGUCUAAUAUGAGGAAAAAUCUGUUUUCGUAUGGAUUGUGGUGUUAGAUAAAGACCGAUAUAUAAUUUAAUCAUUCAAUAAUUAUCACACAAUAUUACACAGUGAAUGCUGUUAGGAAAACAUUGUAAUUUUAUUGUGUUGUAAUAUACUGAAGAAUUGAAAUACAUAAUAACAAUAUGGAUACACUGUAUCAUCAAACAAGUCAAUUAAUAUUGGAUACUUCAGCACUGUUUUACAAACUGGAAAAUGAACCGAACGCUGAGGCUAUUGAAAAUGAAAUACAAGCAAGAAUUAAACAAAUAAAUACGAACUGUGAACGCCUAGAUGUUCUUGUGUUUAAGACUCCCAUAAAUCAGAGACCAAUGGCAAAAAUGAGAGUUGAUCAACUGAAGUACGACAACAAACAUAUACAGGCAUCACUUACAAAUGCACAGAAUAAGAGAAGGAGAAGAGAGCAAGAAAAGGAAGAAAGGGAGCAACUGUUGAGCAGGCGCUUUGGAAAUGAUCAUACAGCUAUAACUGUGGACUACAUGGCUCAAGAAAGUGUGUCAUUACAAAACUCUCACAGAAAUGUUGAUGAGAUGCUUCAUACAGGAUCACGUAUUCUGGAUACGUUGCGCUACAACAGAGAUACCCUGAAGGGUGCUCACAGGAGAUUGAUUGACCUUGCCAACACCCUUGGCUUGUCAAAUGCAACGAUAUCGCUUAUAGAGAAGAGAGUGGCUCAAGAUAAAUACAUACUGUUCGGAGGAAUGUUUGUGACUUUAUCAGUGAUCGUACUCGUUAUAAUAUAUUUGACGUAAAUUUUAUACGAGGUCGACGCGCUUAAAAUUACUUUAUCGUGUAAGGAGAAUGUUGCUAUAAAAUUUGUAUAUAUAUACAUAUGCAUAUAAUAUUAUAUGCGUUAAAAAUAUAUUUAUGUGAAGUUAUAA